UAACCUAUCGUCAUAGAAGUUAUUUAUUGUUGUAAUACAUAUUUAUUCUAAAAACAUACACUUUGAACUUUUAAAUAUGAAGGAUGGAUGAUAAUGCGAAGAACGCUUCGUCGUAUCAGCACGACCAGGAAAUAUUAGACGCUCGCGGUAUCAACAUGACAGUGGAGGACGUAGCCGGUCUACCGACUUGCAAAUAUUCAGAACGUGUGCAGUCAUUGAAUUUGAAUGAGGAUGAUCUUGUGUUUCUGAAAGGGCUAAGACGGAGGAUACGGAAUAGGCUAGCAUCACAAAACAGCCGACGCCGCAGUAUGGAAAACUUACGCCGUCUCACACGAGAACUACGUGCCGUAAGAGCUUGCCGUGACGACACGCUUUCAGAGCGACGCGUGUUGCUGGCGAAGCGAAGCGAACUUCGUAGCCGUUGCGUCACACUGCGCUCUUAUAUACUGCGGAUCCUACAAGACAGAUCAGACACAUGCAAAGUGCCAGAAAUCGAGCCAGAACGUAUAAUAGAAUCUCCUCAACCAGACCCAUAUAUAAAAUCACAAGUAUUCGAAUGUCGUAUCGACAAACUAGUUCAGCAAAGUGUAAACCACAUUUACAAGGAAAAAGAUAAAUUCAAAAUGGACGACAAAUACAAAAUGGACGACAAAUACAAAAUGGACGAACAUCUAUACAUAUAUGAUAAACAAAUGGAUGUGUUUAAUGUAGACGGAAAGGAUAUAUACUUUAAUGAGACUAAAGAUGAUUUUAAAAAAGAAAGGGUGUGCGCUAAAACUGUUUUUAUUGGUACUGGGGAGGAAGUAUUGAAUCUGUCGAAGAAAAAGAGUCACGGUAGGAAACAGUCCGCGCCACGACGGAUUACAUACGUUUUUACCGAACCUGAUGAAGAUGGAGUUUUAGAUUUGAAAAUAAAGAAGGAACCGGAAUGAUUGUGCCUGAUGUAUAAAUACAAAUACAUAUAUAUUUCUACACGACGGUAUAUAUUAUGGAUUCAAUAUUUAAUAUUUUCAUAAAGAUUCGUUGUUAUUGAAACUUUUAACGGGUUUAAAACGUGAUUUUUUCACUUAAAACAUUUAAAAUAUAUCAUAUACAAGCGGUCCGCCCCGGCUUCGCCCGUGGUACAUGUUUACGGUUUCUCUCCAUAAGAACCAUUCGCGUACUUCAAGGAAUAUUAUUAAAAAAUAAUUAACAAAAUCGGUUCAGCCGUUCUCGAGUUAUGCUCUUACCAACACAUUUUGCAAAUGAUUUUUAUAUUAAAGAAGAUAUAAUAAAGUUCAACUAGCUUCAUCCCGCGGGUUCACUCGCGUGGUAUUAAGAUAAAAAAUAUAUUUAUUAUUCAAGACAAACCUAUCUGUAUAUCAUCUAAAUCGGUAUAGUCGUUUUUACGUGAAAGAAUUCUAAGAAAUACAGUACUAGGAGUACUGUUGUAAAAUAUUAGUUUAUUAAUAAAUAAAUUAUUUAAAUUAUUUCAGAUUCGGUUCUCACUGAAAUUGUAAGGAAAGUGAAGAAAAACCAUGUCAUAUUUUUAAUAUUAAGUGAGAUAUGAUUUAAUCAAGUUUUAAACCCGUUAAAUUGUUUAAAAUUAUAUUUAUUUCAAAAUAUUACACAAAUGAUGUUUAUUAUAUACUGUAUACAUGAAUUGUUCAAAUGUAAAAAAAUUUAUAAUUAAUAAUUUGCCUGUAUAUCUGUCUCGCUCUAUAUCACGUCAAAUUAUACAAGAGUGAAAGAGAUAGACAAUCCGUCGUGACAUUUAUAUGUACAGACCAAAUAUGCAGACUUACGAAUUUUUUAUAGUUAGUUCUGUCGAAAAAUGGAGCUUAUUACAAUAAUAUGUACUAAAAUUUAUAUAUUUUAAUAUCUUUAUUUAUAUAUUAAAAUAUCUUUAUUUUUAAACAAGAAUAAUGUACCUUUCUACUGGUGAAAGAAUUAUCAAAAUCGGUUCAGUAAUUUCAAAGGUUAUUGGUACAAACACAUAAAAGAUUAUAUGUAUCUGUGUAAUAUAAUUUUAUUGUAAUAUAUACUAACUAAUAAUGUUUUAUCAUAAUUUUGAUUUAAUAUUAUUGAUAACAAUUUUUAGUUUCAAUAUUAUAUUGUGUUUUAAAUACAACAUAAAUGUACGCAGUAAACAGAAAAAUUUAAGUACCUAUAUGAAAUUAAUAGACCUCAUUUUGAUAUAGGAAAAAGAAUAGUUUACAAUAAUUAUGUAAAAUGUUUUUAUUGAAGUUAAAGUUAUGUCUUCU